AAAUUUAGUUUUGGGAUCCCACUCCAACUGCUCCAUUUAUUUUCAGAUCCGCAGUUCAAUUGCAUGAAUAACAUCGGACGAUGACCGCAAUAGAGUGGCUGCAAUCCCAUGCACAUCAUGUAUCUCUUUGGGACUUGACCAUCGCUUUCUUCGGUUACUUCAUCUUCUCAUGCGUUGUCGAGAGGCUGACGAACAAGAACGGCCCGAUGCUGUGGCCGGUCUUCGGGAUCCUCCCGACUAUUCUAUUCUGUCAGUACGAGCUCUAUGACUGGGUGACGCGGGCACUGGCGAAGGCUGGGGGCACGUUCCGGUACCGCGGCGUGGCCUUUGGCGGCGCUCGGGGGAUCAUCACGGUGGACCCUGCCAACGUCGAGCACAUGGUACGGACCCGGUUCGGUAAUUACCCAAAGGGCAAGUAUUACCGGGAGAGGUUCAGCGACUUGCUUGGUGGCGGGAUCUUCAAUGCUGAUGAUGCCGAAUGGAAGGAGCAGCGGCGGCUCGCUACAUCGGAGAUGCACUCCUCGCGCUUGGUGCGGCACUCGUACGACACCAUGCGGGAGCUCGUCCACUGCAAGCUCCUUAAACUUCUGGAGGCAAGGGCCGUCCCCCCAGGAGACGAUAAGCCGCCGCUUGACCUCCAGGACGUCCUCCUCCGGUUCACGUUCGACAACAUCUGCACCGCCGCCCUUGGUAUUGACCCGGGCUGCCUGACUGUCGAUUUGCCAGAUGUGCUCUUUGCUAGGGCGUUCGAGGAGGCCACCGAACUAACGCUGCUCAGGUUCAUGGUGCCUCCUUUUGUGUGGAAGCCCCUGAGGUUUCUCUCGCUCGGGCACGAGAGGAGGCUCAAGGAAGCUGUAGAGAUCGUCCAUAAUUUCGCCGACAAGACGGUGUCAGACCGUCGGACGGAGCUGAGCAAGCUUGGGAGGUUGAGUGACCGGUCCGACCUCCUGUCCCGGCUCAUGGAGGACAACAACCACAACUACUCCAACAAGUUCCUCAGAGAUUUUUGUGUUAGCUUCAUCUUAGCCGGCCGCGACACGAGUUCCGUCGCGUUGGUGUGGUUCUUCUGGUUGAUAUACAAGCACCCGAAAGUAGAAGCCAAAGCCCUCAGCGAGAUCCACCAGAUUAUUCUACGGCGACGCCUUCCGGUGGGUCAGGAAAUGCAUCAGGACGUGGUAUUCACACCGGAGGAGUUGACCGACAUGGUGUACCUGCAGGCCGCGCUAUCAGAGUCUCUGAGGCUGUACCCGGCAGUCCCAAUGGAGCUAAAGGAGGUCCAAGAAGACGACGUGCUUCCCGACGGCACCGAGCUAAAACAGGGUGACCGAGCCAUGUUCUGCAUAUUCUCAAUGGCGCGUAUAGAAGCGCUGUGGGGGAGGGAUUGCGAGGAGUUCAGGCCGGAGAGGUGGUUAAGGGAUGACGGGCAAGGGCUGGUGAGCGAGAGCCAGUUCAAGUAUGCGGUGUUCAAUGCCGGCCCAAGGCUGUGCGUGGGGAAGAAGUUCGCCUAUAUGCAGAUGAAGAUGGUAGCGGCGACGGUGCUGUGGAGGUACUCGGUGGUGGUGGCAGAAGGCCACAGGGCAGUGCCCAAGCUCACUACCACCCUCUACAUGAAGCACGGGCUGCCGGUGACUCUUCGGCCGAGGGUGGCUGUGGCCAUGAAAUCCUAAGCAACGAGUUCGGUGUGUGCUUGUGGCGGUGAAGAGUAAACUUUUAGAGGCCAGUGUUGCUGAUGACGGAUGUAUUCGGUAUAUCGCAGCUCAAAGACAAACAUGAAGAAAAACUCCUCAAGUCAUAAUUCAUUGAUUGAUUACUAUCUACUCAUCUCGUAAAAAAAGUACAAAAGAAAAAGUGGCAAAGAAAUCUUUCAAGAAGUGGUUUUAUUUUGUGUAUGUAUAGUGUGUCAAGG